GAGCAGGCGACGCUGUGUGAUAUUAUUAUGGUAUACUAGCGUACCCGACAGACGCGGAGACGUCCCGCUCGGAAGAAACAUUUAACUAAUAAACACGCGCACAGAAGAAAAAGUGCUUUAACCCCGACUAACAUUUUGGUGAUUCUUUAUCUGAUUAAUUGUGUUAGGUCUAGUAUGACUAAUCAAGCCUACACAAAAAAAUAUUUAUAUUUCUAAUUGACUCUCCGGGGUAAUGAUAAACACGUUCACCACUAUAGUUUCUAACACAGAACUUAUUUUUCUGUUCUAUGGUUUCUAAUUAUCAAAAUAUAGGUGUACCAAUAUACACUAAGUACAUCUGAACCUACAGUACCUACCUGUACUUGAUUGUAAAUAUACCAAUACGAAUGUUGACUCUCUUUGGGGCCAAUGAUACCGAGUCUCGGUCAAAAUAUUUGUCAUAUCCGUAUAUUACGAAAACAUAGCCAUUGUCGAUAAAUAGGUAACUAUUUAAACAAAUCGCUACCAGUCUCCGGCAUUUAACUGAGUAACUGCUCUACCGGAUCUUGAUAUUAUUUAAUCGUAUUAAAAAACCAAAGUAUCUAUUCGAGACUAAAGUUUCUAAAAUAAAACGCGUUAACAGAAUCUCGUUUCAUUCAUCGCGUAUGCCUGAUUGAUGUUACGUAACUAAGAAGAUGAUAAAGUUCAUGGUCAGCAAGUUACCAGCAAACUAAACUGUCGGUCAUUUUUACUCGAGCAACCAGCAGUCGCUCGAUAAACAAGGCGUGUCUAGAUUCCUAAUGCGAAGGCUGCAUCCGGGCCACCGCAGGGAUCAGAUAGCGGCGGGGGCGUGCGAAUGUCAAGGAACCCUGGCAUCCACUCGGUGUGAACCGCGGGCGAGGGCCUGCGUCACAGUCGCCGCGCGCCUUCAUCACCAUCAGUAGAAGCCGACAUGUCUGCGCGGGCGCGUGCUUCGCUACGCGCGUUAGCGGCACUCGUAGCCGUCGCACAAAUCACUAAUGCUGAAAUAAUACCUUGCCAUAAAGACGGACUCUAUGCAGAUUACGAUAAAAACUGUCGCGAAUAUGUAAGAUGUACUGGAGGUAUUUUAAAAGGACGUUAUACAUGUGGUCCUGAUCGUGCGUUCAGCGAGAUAGCUGGCGCGUGCGUACCCCGCCGACGACAGCCAUGCAUCCGACGUGUAUGUGCACCCAGAGACACGUAUGCCUACGCGACGCCCGGAACUGCAUGCAGGCAUUACUACCGCUGCGAUAAUGGUACAGCAAUCGACCACUCCUGUCCUUCUGGUGCAUGGUUUGACCUCGAAUUACAAGCCUGUACUCGUGGUGCCGGUACUUGUUAUGAACCUUUAUGUGCUGGACUAAUUGACGGUGAAUAUCCGGAUUCGUCGCACGAGUGUCGCCGUAUGAUUUUGUGUCGCGGUGCUGAAUUGCAUGGUGUUUUUUCGUGUGCGGGUGGUGCGUGUGUGGAUUCCUGCCCGGCGCCACGCUCUGCUGCUAUACCUUUGCCGGCCGGAGACGCAGAGUUCUGUUCAGACGAAGCAUGUUCAUCAUUAUGUCACCAGGCAGAAGACGGCGCGUAUGCAGACCGUGCGACUGGUUGCCGCGAGUAUUUUGUGUGUGAGGCUAAACGAGUUAUAAGACGAGGCGUGUGUGAACCUGGUUUACUAUUUUCGGGUAACGGCUGCGAACCAGCAGCUCGAACAACAUGUCCACCACCAGCUCGGAGUCCUUGUUACAACUGGGCUGACGGUUUGUACCGUGAUUGGCGCGACUGUUCAUCGUGGUUCGAAUGCCGCCGGGAGAGAGUGGUCGCCCGGGGAUUUUGUGAACUGGGACUAGUAUUUAAUGGGUCUAAUUGUGUGCCGUCAAACGCAUUCGUGUGUGAAGGUCCGGAACAUCGAUUAGAGUGUCAAGGGCUUCCAAGCGGUACAUACCAAGAUUUGGAGUCGAAUUGCACUCGCUAUUUUCAUUGUGAAGGAUCCAUGCGCACCACGCUCGCUUGUGAACCCGGAUAUGUUUUUGAUGGCGUAAAAUGUACACCAGUGGAUAAUUAUCUAUGUCCUAGUCUGGGUGAAGAUUCAUGUUACGGUCGACCGGACGGUCGGUACCGUGGACAGCAUACACAAGGAUGCCGUGGAUACUACACUUGUGCGGCUGGAGAGAAAGCAAUAUAUGCGUGUGCGAGCGGUCGCGUAUUCGACGGUGAGGCCUGUGUGCCGGCCCGGCCGGGCGUUUGCCCCAUGGACGAUUACUCGUGCUCGGGACUGUCUGAUGGUUAUCACGCUGAAAUCAAAACCGGAUGUCAAAGAUAUUUCUACUGCGAGGGUGGCGAUCGACUAGCUACAUUCUCAUGUCUUGGCGGCAAGAUAUUCGAUGGCCACGCGUGUGUCAGUACCUCAACCCAUAAAUGCGGGGCCCCGCCGCGUGAGAGCGUCGAGAAUGGCGGAAAAUACUGCGAGCACAAUGGUUUCUUCGUCCAACUGGGUUCAGGAUGUCAACGGUACUAUUUUUGUGUGAAAGGAAUGAGAACAUUCCUAACAUGUCCCUCAGACAACCUUUUCAACGGUCAAGUGUGUGUUCCUAAGAGCCAAUAUACAUGUCCUGGUUGAGGCAACGGCAGUGCGUAGCAUACACUGAUCUGAGGCCCGUCGGGCCACGCUGGGUACGAAACGACAAAAGAAGACGAUAGCCUGGAGUUACACACGAUGUACCUGAAUAACUAUUGUUUAUGGCUGUGAAUAUCUAAUAGUAACGAAACAUUGCCCAAUUAUUAUAAACACUAUUCCCAAUAAUCUACCUCUGCUUUAUAAUAUUGUAAUAAUACUACCUAGUUUUUUUUCUUAUAUUUUUAUUGGCAUAGAAACCUUUAAGCAAUCUAUGUUGUACAAUAUUAAUCGCUAGUAAUUAUACAGUGACUAUAUUUUACAUUUUUUUACUUACAAACUCAAAAUUAGUAAGAGCUAUAUAUUAGUAAAAAAAUAAAUUAUCUUUUAAUGACUUUCAAAGUAUAUUAAAACAUAGUAAUUAAUAAGCAAUUGAUAUAUAAUACAUGAAUCAACGAAUUAUAUAAUAUGUUUUAUUAAUUAAGUUUCAUUUUAUACAAAUUCAAGGAAAAAGUAGGUAACGUGUACGUAAUAGAGAAAGCACAAAGGGGAAUUCCAUAAAAUAUUCCUUUCCAGAUUCAUACCUAACAUAAAGUGAAUUCGUAUUUAUAGGAACGCAUAUAAUUAUGAAAAAUUGUUCCUUUAAUUAAUUAUUACGUAUGAUAUCUCCUACAAAUACAAUAUAUUUGUCUUUUUACUAUAUAAAUUUAUACAUUUCUAUACAUCCAUUUUAAGGUACAAACUAUACGAUGUUUACAACUUGUGUGAAUACAUGAUAAAUACAGUAUGAUACUUUAUACAUAUUUGCGUUUCACUUGGUCCACGCAGAAAAUCUCUCACAUUCAACAACAGUGAUGGACAUGUCCAUAAUUUUUUUAAGUAUAUAAAAUAUAGGCGUGACUUUUAUAAUUACAAUAGACUGUAUUUCUUGCACUCAGUUUACUGUUAGGAACUUAACAUUACAGCCCUGAAACAUUACCAUAAACUUGAGUGCGGGUUGGUAUUGAGAACUCGAUCUACCAUUUUCAUUACCUCAUUAUAUGUGUAAGAGAGUACAUAACUUUUUGGAUGACACAGGCAAUCUGACUUUAUCUUAGGAGAAGUGACAACCAUCGCCUAUAUGCAUGAAAUAAACAUGUUUUAGGUUUCAUAAUAUUUGUAUUGAAUAAAAAUUACUAAUAAAAAUAAUGUCAUAACUGCCAAAUCAUUGUUACUAACAAAUCUCAUUGACAAUACACAGAUUUGCAAUGAUGUAUUUGUUAAUUCCAAGCCGAAUAGAAAUUGUAACUUACAAAUUGUGCCUGCAUAAUAGCAAUACUCACAAUUUCAAUCUCUUUCAAAUAAGAACUAUCGGCUACUGUGUUCACGAUCCGUUGUUGAUAACAUAGUUUAGAUAAUAGUAAAAAAGAUUAUAGUACGCUAACUUAAAACUAUAGCUGCAUAAUAUUGCAUGAAGUUUAUUCUGAUUAAAUAUGAUGAAACAUUUCGUUUUUAAGUGGCAUAUUUAAUAUAUUACAAUAUUUAUAUGAUUAAGAACGACACAAUCUAGGUCUUUUUUAUAGCUGUAACGGCAUAUACAACUCCAGAAUAUAAAAUUUAAUAUUUAUUAUGUACGAUUUUCUUAUUUUUGCCUUACUUUUAAAAUGUUAAUUUCCAAAAGAAAACUAAUACAAAUCGAGAUUUAGCAUAAGCUAAAUGCUUAUAAUCUGAAAUAUUAGUAUAUGAUUGACAGUUUUCUCAAUUAAAUCAAAUUUAGAUCAAUAUAUAAAUAAUAAUACUUGUAAGUAGAAAAUUCACAUAUAAAAUAUAUAUCGCAACAUUUUCGUAAUACAUCACUGCUUCGCUUCACAAUAUUAUAAAAAACUAAGCUAUGCUAAUGGAUCUUUAAAAACAAACUAUAGGUAUUCUUCUCAUAUUACAACAUUAAUUACAAUAGCUCGUUUGAAACUUUAUAACGUAUUGUAACCAUUACAACAAUGCUAUUAAUA